AUGAUCGCGAAAGCCGUGACGAUACUGUUGCUGCUAGCAGCUAGUGGCGUAAGGAGCCAGGAUGAUUCACUGGCCGGAAGUUUUCUCUCAGGACUACUGGACUCGAUCACCAGCACAGAGGACGCAAAGGGAUGUCCGGGCGUUUGCGUACACACCUUGGCCACGCUCAUUUGCUACGAGGUGCUGGACGAUAUACCGUGUCCCUCACCGAGUAUGAAAUGCUGCGUGGAGAGUAGUACGGCGGCCGCCAACAUCUCCACCACAGCCCGCCCCAAACCAACCACCACUACGAUGCGGCCAACGACGACCACAACACCGAAGCCUACGACGGAGGCGAAAAUCAAGGAGAAGGAUAACAAAACGAAUUCAUCCUGUCCCGGUGUUUGCGUUGCGGAUCGGAUCGCCGAUUACUGCGAAGCGUACCUGACGACCGCUGGCCUCUGCAAGAGUGGUACGAAGUGUUGCGUUUCGAGAGACAUCUAUCCCGACAAUCCACCGGACGAUCUGUACGUACCGACGGCUCAUUUCGAUUCGAAAACCAACAAAACCACCACCCCGAAACCGUACGCCAAGACGACGGAACGGCCAUACCACACGACGGAAGAACCGAUCCGUUCGAAGACGAAUCCAACACCGAAGGCCACUCCAAAGCCUACUAAGGCGCCACCAUCGAAGCAGAAACCGGGCUCUUCGCUGACCGCCAACAAUGGCCAAGGACCGGUGCAUAAGGAGUGUGAAGGUGAUUGUGUGAACGGGCUGCUGGCGCUGUUCUGCGACGAUAUCGAUACCGAGGCAUUCUGUCCGAACGAGGACUCGUGCUGUAUCACUGGAGUGUCCGAGGAUAACAAACAGCAGCUGGUGACUACUACCAGACGACCAGCAACACCGCCACCUUUGCCACGUUGUCCUGGAUUCUGUCUGCUCAACAUUAUGGCCGCCUUCUGUGAGCGUCCCUCGGUGCUCAUCCCCAACACGGCCAACUGUAAACGUGGCUCGGUCUGUUGUGACAAUACGCGAGCUCCACCACCACGCCCACAACAGAACCGUCGUCCACCACCGACCACCACUACGACACCACCGCCGACCACAACGGUAGCACCGGAUCCGCGCGAAGAGUGUCCCGGUUCCUGCAUCGUCAGUCUGCUCAGCUUCACCUGCUUCCGGAAUGCCGAGAUGACGGAUCUGUUCAAGUGCAAAAAGUCCGGCACCCAGUGUUGCGCCCCGAAGUCCAAGAUUCAGGAGGUCCAGAUGGCGGCAGCCAGCAAAACCAAGUACAACGAUACGCACGGUGCUGGUGGUGCGUAUCCACCGCAAGCACUGCCACCACCACCACCACCACCCCUACCACCGCAGAUGAUGCCACAGCAACCGGUACUGCAGGGCCAGGGCAUUGCACAGCCCUAUCCGAUGCAGGGAGUAGCAAUGCCACCACCACCACCACAGCAACAAUCACCUCUACCGCCACAUCAAGUCCAAGGUUAUGGUCCACCGGCACCGAACCCGUACCCCGGUCCGAUCAGUAACAACAUCUACGAGGUACCACCAACGCAGCAACCGCCAGCCUAUGCCCAAUCACCGGUGUACGAGCCACCGACGACGACACCAAGGCCUCAGGUCUACUCGAAGUACGUUUGCGGUGUGAAGGGUACGAGCCGGGCGGCACGUUCCUAUCUAACGCGUGAGCUCCUAGCGAUCGAACAGGAAUACCGAGGAACGGUACGCCAAGGACGGCACAUCGAUGUGGAUAGCAUUUACCGGUCGAAGAGCUCGGAACGGUUAGUGCUCGGUAGUAGUAUCGUGCCGAUACCGAUCAUCUACCAUGACCACAACGAUACGGUACCGGAGGAUUUGCAUCAUCAUCCGAGCCUGAAGGAGAACGCCACGUUGGCCAAGUAUUGGAACAACCAUCGGAAGGGACGUGUGGUCGGUGGUGAGGAUGGUGAGAAUGGGGAAUGGUGCUGGCAGGUCGCGCUGAUCAACUCGCUCAAUCAGUAUCUCUGCGGUGCUGCCCUUAUCGGUACUCAGUGGGUCUUGACAGCGGCCCACUGUGUUACGAACAUUGUCCGGUCCGGUGAUGCCAUAUACGUCCGUGUAGGGGACUACGAUCUGACACGCAAGUACGGUAGUCCCGGAGCACAGACGCUACGUGUGGCGACGACCUAUAUCCAUCACAAUCACAACAGCCAGACGCUCGACAACGAUAUCGCGCUGUUGAAGCUACACGGUCAAGCGGAACUGCGUGAUGGCGUGUGUUUGGUAUGUCUACCGGCGCGAGGAGUGAGUCAUGCCGCUGGUAAACGCUGCACCGUGACGGGAUACGGAUAUAUGGGUGAAGCUGGUCCGAUUCCGCUGCGAGUCCGUGAAGCGGAAAUUCCGAUCGUCAGCGAUGCCGAGUGUAUCCGCAAGGUGAACGCCGUAACGGAGAAGAUCUUCAUCCUGCCAGCGUCCAGCUUUUGUGCUGGUGGUGAGGAGGGCAACGAUGCGUGCCAGGGCGAUGGUGGUGGACCGCUCGUUUGUCAAGAUGAUGGUUUUUACGAGCUGGCCGGUCUAGUGUCGUGGGGUUUCGGUUGCGGACGGGUCGAUGUGCCCGGUGUGUACGUGAAGGUAUCCUCGUUCAUUGGAUGGAUCAACCAGAUCAUCAGUGUUAAUAAUCAGUAGCCGAAUAGGGCGAAUAGGGCGUUCACUUUUAUACCAAACCCAACCCAACCUUCCCACGACUUCCAAUACCCCUUUCCUCCCCCUCCCCCCUUUUCCAUGUGCAAACCGUGGGAGUGUGCGGCAUCAUGUGAGUUGUGAGUGUGUGAUGCCCCGAGGAUUCGUGCAUUCAGUAGCUUUGUAAGUAGGUUUUGGUUUUAAGGAGGAUAAUUUAGUUCGGGCCGGGCACAAGGAUCUUCUACUUCUUGGUUGGCCCCAAUAUGCCUGUAUCCAGAGACAAACUCUCUCACACACACACACACACUUACGCACACACGUUUGUAUUCAGUGACCGAGAACCUCAAAGACGAUGCUAGUUGUUAGAAGUUAAUUUUAAGAUUCGACGGGACACGGGACGGGAGCAGAGCCGACGCGGUUAUGAUAACG